CGGGAACCUGGGAGAUCGAUUGCUUCCCGAUAGCUGGCAUGGAGGACACGGGACUGGGCAUCAUCGAGGGCUGAGCUAUCGGGAAUAAAAUAUGGCGUCAGGAUUACCGAGCGCUCAUCAGAGGAAGCUUGGACCAGCGCCGAUAGCAUCCUUCGAAGACCUGUCCGACGAGGUGGAAAACGGGGAACCGGUCGCGCGAAUGCCAGGCAUCGUCGAGGUGACCACGCCGGCUACGCCUGGCAGUUCGCUAAAGACACCCAGCACACCGCGUAUUGACAUCAGCCGGGCGAGCAGUUCCUCCCACCAUGAGGACAGUAACUCCAGGGACUCGACGCCGGAGAGGGAGCUACUCGCAGGCGGCGAGCCCCCAGCUGGAUGCAAGCUGACGCUCGGUUACAAGGAGGACGCUCAAGAUCUGAGAUCGUCCACGGAGGAGCUGGACCUCCAAGAUCCUAUCCACGAGCAGGAUCUGAAAAGGGAGUCGAAGAAGCUGGCGAAAAGACGGAAAGAGGAUGGCUCGUUAUCGGACUACAGUAGCAAACAGUUGGAAAGAGAACGAAAGGAUAGCAAUUGUUCCGAGAUCGUGCUGUUGAACAUCAGCGGUAGGACAUCGAGGCUGUCCUCUGUUGGUAGCCAGGGUUCCGGAGCUUCCGGGAAGCUUUCUGUGGUCUCGGCCACUUCCUCCAGAUCACCGAGUCCGCACAAAUGUCUGCUGGAGACCUCGUUCUGCGGGAGCAAGCCUACCCUAGCCGACAAUCUCAUUGAACCAUCGAAACCGGAGACUGACGACUUGGAGAAGAUUCUGUUGAAACGGGAAGCUGACACCACGAAGGCGUUGAUCCCCGAGAGCAUAAGGGUCUCGAUGGUCGACGGGAAUCUGAAGGCAGAUCCUCUGGACAAACCCCGACGCCGUGGACGCGAGGAGAGGAAGGAGAUCUUCAAGAGGGAGGUGGAGAUCACGAAGAGAUUCUUGGAGAAGGUCAAUAUAGAGGUGCCGAUCGUGAAGAAGCCAGCGGAUACGCAAAGCACGACGUCGCAACAGUCGUCCAGUAGUCUGGCCCAGGAGCUUCAGAAACCGGUGACACUGGAUUUCACUGACAAACGGAAGAAAACGCAGAACUUUAAGGAGAUCGUUUCAACGACUCCGACGACGAGUAGCGCGACCGGAAGCCCGAAGUUGCCCAGGCAUCAGAAAGUACGCGAUCUAGAGGGCUCCCGGACGCCUAGCCCGUCUUCCGUUUCCAGGAAAAGCAGCUUCGCCUCUCUGUUCAAGGGCCGAACAGACAGCAGUGUGUUGAGCCCAGAAUCACCGUCGCCGAGCACGAAACCCCGACGUAGCCUGACCUCGAAGAUAAAGGACACCACGGAGAGUCUGCGCAGCAGAUCGAAGUCCCGCGAACGGGUCUCCGUAGACAAAGGGUCGAGCCUGAGACGGGACUCGAAGAACAAAAGUGUGUUCUCGUCGACGUUGAGCCUUUUCAAGAAACGGGAACGGAAGAAGAGCUACGACGAGGCGAUCGCCGGUGUGACCUGCGGGACCGAGCUCGAGAAUACGGACGACGGUCAUCAUCCGUCCCUUGAGAGUAUCGGGAACGUGGAGUUUCGGUUCAACACGGAUCGGGAGAGCCACAAAGAGGACUCGAUUUUCAUAAGCCUGCACGCAGACGACAGGAAUUACGAGGAGGCUUUGCCCUCUGAGAGCGUCUCGAUACCCCUCGAAACCCCGACGAAAUUGUUGGACGAAUACGAGUCUGAGCCCCGUACCGGGAGUAUCGUGACCGAGGUCUCGAUCGAGCAUCAUCCGAUACCCUCGAAGAUCAAGACCGAGGCACAGAUCGAAACCACGUCGAGAAACUAUUCGCGGGACAGUCAGGUGUCGCGCAGCAUCUCGAAAGACUCUGAGAUCUCGAGGAGUUCCUCCAAGGACUCGAAGCUCAGUGCUCACGGUAAAACAGCUGAGACCGCGGCGAAACCGUUGCCAGGUCAAGACAGCAAGCCUUCCACAACGGAGCACCGGGUGUCCAGCAGCUCGUCGAGAGACUCGAUCACGAGAAAAGAGAUCACGAAACCGAAACGGAAGAGCAAAGAGGUGCAACCGAUCGAACCGCCACCGCCGCCGGAGAGGAUCGUCGAGAACACGCCCGCCAAGAAACAGACGAAGGAACAAUUGACCAAGAAUAAAGAGAGCAGAAAGUCGUCGGAGCUGCUCGACGACGGGAUUCGACCGGAGGAAGGCCUCGCAAAGGCGCCCAGCGUAAUCUCCGAUCUGGAUCACAACAGCUCGGAAUCGGAGAGGGACUCGGAGAUCGAGUUCGUCAGGAACAAGGCGGAGAAGCUCGUGCAAGAGUUGCCUGACGAGAGGAAAGGCUUGUUCUACGAGGAGAGCUUCGAGGAGGAUCUACCUUAUGUACCCACUACCUUGCCUCUGGAGAAAAGCGUGGCUGUGCCGAUGCUGCCUGUGAAACAACGACUUCAGGAAGUAAGAACGAUACCCAUCGAGAGGCCGCGGUCCACGACGCCCAUCAAUCCAACGCUUCUCGACGAGUUCGUGAUGCAUACGUCCCUCGACGAGCGUCGGAUCGAGAAGAUGAAGAUCUCCCUGCCGCGCGAGGACAGUCGCAAGCUGAAGAGCCCGCGGAAGCACGCGGCGAAUACGUUCUCGGAGUUCGCUGGCAAGGUGACCGACGGGGGCCGAAAAGGCGCGGGAAAAUCACCGAGUCCACCUCCACUGCCGCCGAGAGCACCUGCCAGACCGAGCAACUGGAUCAAUUUCGAGGAGAUACCGGAGAAGAGGAAAGCACCGAAGAGGAUCCAGACGAUACCGCGCGCGGACGACGAGCCGAAAUCGGGCGGGUACAGCUACGUGCAGCCGGAAGAGUGCAGGUGCGAGUGUCACGAGGAAUCGCGGCGAGCGUCGCUGAGAGAGGCGACGGCGGCGACGACGACGACGACCAGGACGUCGUCGUCCUGCAGCAGUAACGGCGAACGUUCGUGCAACGGAGACAACUGUACGUUGCCGGCCACGGGAUCGGUGGAUCGUGCCAGCAUCGUCAGUGACAGCUCGUUGGAGUGUAGCCUGAGCACCGACGAGGGCGCGCAAACGCUACUUCUCGCGGACACGACGUCGAGACCGUUCGGCAUGGACCUCGACGUACGGUCGAACAGGUCCAGCAUCGUGUCCCAGGACGAGACUGACGAGAUCCAGCACUAAUAAUAGUAUCACGGCACGCCUCUUUCCCCUCGCCUUGUCCUCCAUUUAAACAGAUUUGCAUACUCCUAUCCUCUCGUUGGAACUCCUCCGGCCGAGUUCUCGUUGCCCC